AUGGCGCUGGCUUCGGUGCUCCUCUUGGGCUUCCUGGCCAUGGCGCAAGCCCAAGGCGGCCCGCAGCUGGCCCCGUUCCUCCUGCCCGGCUGCACUAUCAUGUUCAGUGCUGGCGCCCUCUGCUCCGACAAGCCGACGCCAGUGGACAAAGGCUGCUGUCCCUUGGGCUUCUCCUGCACACCCGACCCCACUCGCCCCGGCGGGCCGGCCACCUGUGUGGAGAAGCCGGCCGGGAGGCAGACAUUUGCGAGGGCGGCCGCGGCGGCAGAGGCCUGUUCGGCAUCAGUGCUGCCCGGCGGCGCAUGCGGAGACGCGUCCGGCCCCAGCCCGGGCUCCUGCUGCCCCGACGGCUUCAGCUGUCAGGCGCCCGCCGCGGACUCUGCAGUCCGAGAAUUCACAUGUCAGGCCGACAGCUCCGCGCCGCCGCUCUUGGCCGCCGCCGCCGCCGCCGCGGUCGUCCCCAACCCGGUGCCGCCCCUGCCGGCCGACGCGUGUGCGUGCCGCGUCGACAACAACGGCAACCGCGUCCCCCGCGCCUGCCCGUCCCCCUGGGACCACCCGGCCGGCACCAGCCGCGUGCUGCCAAAGCUGACGGUCGACAAGAGCGGCAACCUGGUGCGGGCCGCCGGCUCGGGAAAGGCGGCGCCGGCGGCCUUGAGAGGCGUCAACUGGUUUGGAUGGGAGGACGGGGAAGUGCCACCCAGCAGCUUCCCCAGCGCGGCGAUCGGGGCGGACGGCCAGAACAGCUUGCAGCGGCUGCGGCUGCUGGGGAUCAACGCGCUGCGCGUGCCCUUCACGUUUUCGGCGCUGGCCGACGACCUCAAAGACUACUCCGUUUUCACGGCCUGCGCGGUGGGCGACGGGACGGACCGCCACGACCUCACUGCUGGAACCCCGCGUCAUCCCCCCCAGAACGACCCCGACGAUUACGUCGCCCUCAAAAAGACCCUCGACCCCCAGUACCUCGCCCUCAAGCCGGCAAACUUAGCUGUGCCGCCCAGCUAUGCAUACUCGGGAAUGGCCCACCCGCCGCCCGCCGCCGCGGGCCAGGACGCGCGCUGCAACCGGCCGUGGUCGGCGCCGUUCCUGGACUCGUACACGAGCCCGUCCGCGCGCGCGGAGUGGGGGUCGGAGUUCAAGCUGACGAUGUGCAACUGGUACCUGCCCCAGGGCGCGGGCGCGCUCGGGAUCCACCGGUUCCUGUGGCAGCUGUCCUACCUGGUGUCUCAGGGCAACUACAUAUUCCUCGACUACCACCCCACCAGCGACGACGACCCCAACAUGCUUGACCCCCAGCUGUUCGCAUCGAACUGGGGCAAUUUGUGGGCCGCCGUAAUGGCGCAGCCCAACAGCGACCUCUUGGCUGGCCGCAUCGUGCCAGACCUUGUCAAUGAAGCCAGCCGUUUCGGCUGCCAGUGGGACCGCGCCUGCACCAAGUGCGCAAAGGGCUCCGACCUCGUCGCCGCCGCGACGGCCGCCAUUCGCGCGGUCGACCCGAACGCCAUCAUAUCGGUCAACGCCUUGGGCCAGGACGGCGCGGGCGGCUGCGCGGGGAGGUAUCUUGGGCUCAACUGGGGCGACGGGUUCAUCACUGACCAGAAGGUGCUGCAGCAGACCAACAUUUCAGACCCGUCCUUCCUGUUCGAGUGA